AUGGCCCAACGCAGACGACACACUACCGUGACAGACUUUUUAGUCUGUGAAAAUAGAACCUAUGUAAUCGUAUGCAGUAACGCACACGACGCACAAAAAGUCCUGCGCACAAAUAAUCCGUGUAAUUCUGGCAGACCGCGCCACACCGCGCCGCGCCGAGCCGCGCAAAAAGUAUGCGAAAAAAAUACAACGCUUGUUUCCACCCGAGCUAACGCAGACGCCACGCACUUUAGUCUGCAGCCUGCGCUCGCGACGUACGCGCGGUAUUACAUCAUGGCGCCAGACAUCGAUGUAUCGAUGCUAAUACAAGAAAUACAAAACAGACCAGCAAUUUAUGAUACUUCCAAGCCAGAAUAUCAUGAUAGAAAUUUAAAAAGAAAAAUGUGGGAUGAAGUUUGCUGUAAUAUUUAUUCCGCUCCUGUUUGGACAUCGAUGACGUCUAAUGAAAAAACAAAAUUCGGAAAAGAAAUACAGACGAAGUGGAACUCUUUGAGAAGUUGCUUUCGAAGGGAACUUAGUGCUCAAAAAAAUAUUCCUUCUGGAAGCGAAAGGAAAAAGAAGAGAAAAUAUAUUUACUUUGAUUCCCUGCUAUUUUUAUUGCCAUUUACAGUAAUAGAGAAUAAUGAAUCUUCUAUCGAAAUCGAACAAAGUUCGGAAUCAUUAGACGUCACCACAGUGCACAGUUCAGAUACUGAAUCAAUUGAUUCUAAACGUCCAAAGAUGCAAACGAAGAAGAAGACUAAUUGUUACGAUGAGCAAAAAAAGAAGACUGCUUGUUAA